AUGCACCAUCUGAACCAUCCAUUCCAACAGAAAAAAGAUAGCAAAAAUAGCAGCCGUUACUUAGCCACCAAGCUUAAGUCAGCAUCAUCAAUGAGAAGUGUUUUAUCUAAUGCUUCGUCUACUGGAAGUAUCUUCAGAAGUUCCAGGAGUGUUCCGAGUCUCGAAGUUAUCUCGAAAAAUCCAUCAAACGCCUUAAAUGCUGCGUUGCAAAAAAUAAUCGCUGAAGACUGGAAUUUAAAAUUAGAUGCAAUUGAAGUAAUUAACGCGUUAGCAAAAAUAGCACCAGAAGUAUUGGUUGAAAAUAUUCAUUCUGUAAUACCAAAAUUACUCACGGAAUGUAAGAACUUACGCUCGACAGUAUCUCGCGCAGCAAUCGUUGCUUUUGCUGGAUUAUUUCAGAAUCUAAAAACAACAAUGGAUAUAGAUAUUGAAAAAAUUUGUUUGGUAUUAAUGCAAAAAGCUGGUGACGUAAGUAACGCAUUUAUUCGAGAUGAUGCUACAGUAGCGCUUGAAGAAAUUGUCAAGUAUGCCUCACCUGUAAGAGUGUUGAAUGCUUUGGUCACUUCUGGAGCAAACAGUAAAAGCAGUAUGAUUCGGUCUAGUUGUGCAAGUCUGUUAGUGAAGUUAGUAGAACGUGUUGGGCCAACGAAUGUAAUAUGCAGUGUAGAAUUUCCGAGAUAUCUCAGAAGUCUACUUCAAUUUGCUAAAGACGCCAAUGCUACGGUGAGAUACAGCGGAAAAUGCGGCAUCAAACUUCUCAGCAAGGUGAAGAUUUUCAAAAAAGAACUCGCAUUUUUUCAAAAAAUCUAUAUUUUACAGAAUAUUCCAAUAUUCAACGAUGCCGUACGUAAAAGUCUAAAUGAAAGUGAUCGUCAAGAACUACGUGAAAUAUUAGAAAUGAUUAAAAAAAGAGGUUUGGAUGGAAGUAACUUAGAUGCUUCAUCGAUUCCACAAAGUGGAAUAAGUCGAAGUUCUAGUUCUCGUCGUAUUAGUAACAACGGAAAUAAAUUGAUAGUGCCACAAGCUGUGCAACAAGAUUUGCUGCAAAUUCGAAAUGAUCUGAUCGCAAGCCAAUGGGAACAACGAAUAAAAGGCCUUCGAGAAUUGGCAAGAGUAUUAUUAAGCAAUGGCGAUGCUGUUCUAUCAGAUACAAAGAUUUUGGGAGCAUUUGUUAGCCGUACGUGUGAUAUUAACGCGAAAGUAGCAAUUGAAGCUAUGGAAACGUUGAUAUCCAUCCUUCCAAUAUUUUCUACAUAUAUUUCGAAGGUCAUGUCCUUAAAAACAAUAGUCAACCAGCUGAUCAACUCACUUAUGUCACAUCUGGCUAGUAGAAGUGAAGAACAUCGACAGCAUGCAAAAUUAUGCCUCGAAGAAAUCACCAAAUACAUCGAACAUGGGACUUUGCUUACACCUUUUGCAGCAGCAACAAAACAAGCAAACUUCAAGCAAAAACCAUUCAUGUUACAAACAUUAAGCAGAUUAAACGAAUCAGUGUACGUUAUCAAGCCAAGGCAGGUAGAAAUGACAAGUUUACCAGUGCUUUGGGACAUUUUACGAGCACCUCCAAGACAUCGAAGUGAUCCUAAAGUUCGAGAAGCGUUUCGCUCUUAUGCAGUUACAUUGGCAAGAUGCUUCGGAGAGAAAACACUUUUAGAUCUAUCAACAUUCCACCUCAGUCCAAGUCAAAAAAGCACACUACAUGAACUGAUCUCUUAA